UAAAAGCGGUAUCAAUUAAAUUGCGGCAAGUUUAAAGUUAUCAAAAGAUGAGUAAAGAUUCUGUUGCAAUUUCAAACCAAAGUUUAAAAUAAAUUAAAUUUGAAUUUGCGAUGCAGUCUGAAGUAUUGAGUUCUCACGAAGAAUUGAGAAAGAAAAAGUGGUAUGAGUUUGAAACAGAAAUACUUUGGAAAAAUGCUAUUUUUAUAAUAGGCCUACACGCAAUAUCAUUGUACUGUACUUUUACCUUUCCGUAUUUAGACCGAAAAAUUUUAUUUGUAUGGGGAUUCGUUGUAGGAACAUGGUCAGGACUGGGAAUAACAGGUGGUGUUCAUCGACUUUGGACUCAUCGGGCGUACAAAGCCAAGACACCACUUAAAAUUAUUUUAGCUGCCAUGUAUUAUACUGCUGGACAAAACAGGAUUUAUAACUGGGUAAGGGAUCACAGGCUUCAUCACAAAUACACAGAGACGCUUGCAGAUCCUCAUGAUACUAAUCGCGGUUUUUGGUUCAGUCAUGUCGGGUGGUUGAUGUUAAAAAAACGACCGGAAGUCCGUAAAUAUGGUAAAGAAAUCGAUAUGAGUGACAUUCUCAAUGAUCCAGUUGUUCAAUUUUUUGACGGAAACUUUAUUGUACUCAACACACUACUGACUUUCGUGAUCCCAGUCUUCAUACCUGUUUAUUUCUUCAAUCAAAGCUUGAAAUGGUCAUUCAUAUCCCAAGUGUUCAUUCGCUACCCGUUGGUUUUAAAUUUCACGUGGUCUGUCAAUAGUUUUGCUCAUAUGUUCGGAUACCAUAGCUAUGACAAAAAUAUGGCACCGGCGGAGAAUGUCUGGGUAAGUUAUUUUGCUGGAGGUGAAGGCUGGCAUAAUUAUCACCAUGUCUUUCCGUGGGACUACAAAGCCGCGGAAUCAAAAAGUAUGGUCUUCAAUACUACGACAGAUUGGAUCGACAUGUUCGCCAAAAUUGGCUGGGCGUAUGAUUUACGUCAAGUAUCUACUGAGCAUAUAAAGCGAACCGUUGAAAGAAGAGGAGAUGGAACUCAUCGAGUUUAUCAAUUCAAAGUUCACCAAUAAAUUAUUUUCAUGAUACCAGUAUCGAAACUUGAAGUUUCAGUGUCUCUACAGUCCGUCGAAACAAGCUAAUUUCAAGCCGAUGCUGCAAACAACUGCUAGCGAAUUUGUAAUUCAAAAAUACCUUCAUACAGCGGGCAGAAACAUGCGUGUUUCUUCCCGGUGUCAGUUAUAUUUAAUGUUCAUUUGCAGCUUUAUUACUCUCAUUUGUUAACUUGUCACUUCAGCUUACUCAUUUCAUUUUUUAAGUGACAGUUUCAAUUAACCAAAUAGAAUUGAUAAAAAAUGAGUGAAAAUAAUAUUUUUGUAUUAUUUACUAUUUAAAAAGUGACUGUAAAUCACAGAUAUCUCAUUCUCUAACAGUUUUCCGUAUCAUCCGCUUGAAAUUAACUUGUUUCUUACUGGCUGCUGACACUAAAUCUUGAAGUUCCGAUGCAGAUAAUCAUGAAAAAUAUAGUGUGUGACUCAGGAUAAAACACGAUUUCGGGCUGCGGGUGAUGUCAGUCCUCGCCUGUGGCUCGAGAAGCCAACCUCACCCUAGUCUGAAAUCGUCUUGUUUCAUCCCUUGUCACACAAUAUACUAUUAAAUUAUUGUAAGCAUUUAUCAAAUUUAAUAAAAGGAGGAUGAUAAUCUACCAAAAUAAC